CAGAGAACAAGCAGGAGAGACACAGAAAGAGGAAAAACUAGAGAAAGACUGGAUGAAGGCAGAAGAGACAAAGAGAAACAGUGAAGAAAGUGAGAGACAGAAACAGAUACAGUGAAGGGAGUGGGAGACAGAAAAAUACAGUGAAGAAAGUGAGACAGAGAAACAAAGAGAUACAGUGAAGAAAGUGAGAGACAGAAAGAAAUACAGUGAAGGGAGUGGGAGACAGAGAAACAAAGAGAUACAGUGAAGGGAGUGGGAGGCAAAGAAGAGAGUGAGGAGACUGAGAAAGUGAGACAGAGGGACUAAGGCAAAGGAAGUCAGGCACAGACCAUCUGCUCAGGGUGAGGAUGUUGGUCGGCAGGCUCUGGGCGGCGAUUAGCCGGGCACUGUUUGCUGAGUUCCUGGCAACAGGGCUCUACGUGUUCUUUGGUGUGGGUUCGGCCUUGCGUUGGCCCUCAGCAAUGCCCUCUGUGCUGCAAGUGGCUAUCACUUUCAAUCUGGCUACAGCCAUGGCCAUUCAAGUCACCUGGAAGGUGAGUGGGGCCCAUGUCAACCCAGCCGUGACCCUGGCUUUCCUGGUGGGCUCCAAUAUUUCUCUGCCAAGGGCCAUGGCCUACGUGGUAGCUCAGCUGGCGGGGGCCAUUGCGGGAGCUGCUCUGCUCUAUGGAGUCACCCCAGGGGAUAUACGAGGAAGCCUCGGAGUGAACGUGGUCCGGGGCAGCGUUUCCUCAGGCCAGGCUGUUGCCGUGGAGUUGGUGCUGACCUUACAGCUGGUGCUGUGUGUCCUGGCUUCCACUGACAGCCGCCAGACCCCAGGCUCUCCUGCUGCUAUAAUUGGGAUCUCUGUGGCUCUGGGCCACCUAAUUGGGAUCUAUUUCACUGGCUGUUCCAUGAACCCAGCUCGCUCCUUUGGCCCAGCUGUCAUCGUUGGCAAGUUCUCUGUCCAUUGGAUCUUCUGGGUGGGACCACUGACAGGCGCUGUCCUGGCAUCUCUGAUCUACAACUUCAUCUUGUUUCCAGACACCAAGACUCUGGCUCAGAGGCUGGCCAUUUUAACAGGCACCACCACAGAACCUGAGGAGAUGGUGCCUCGAAAGAAUGACCCAGAGCCCAUUUCAGGGGGUGUUGAGAUACCCAACUUGGUAUAGAGUCCUUAUGUCCUAGUAUGUACCCUGCAGCGUCGGGAGGGACAGGAGUAUGAAUUGUCAGUCAAGAAUGUUUAGGGCGAGUGGCAGCAGUGAGCAGCUGGCCAAGGAAAUCUGGGGCACCUUGGUUAGGGAGAGAGCUUGUGUCCUGCCUUGUUGUGAAAAUGAGUUUCAAGGGGAGGGUUGAGGGAAAAGGAAAAGAGAAGACAGGUUGUCACUAACCCUCCUAGAAAAUUCUGGCCAGAAUAAAGCUCCAGAGUGAGUCUGGAUCACCUUCAUCUCUUAGUGGCUGGGAGAAGCAAGGGAACCCUGACCACUUACCACCACCACUUGACCUAGAACCCAGGGGGAGGCCCAGACUUGUAACAAAUUUGUAUUUGUGCUAGUCAAUGGGGAAGUUAAAAAGAUCAGUAAGAUACCAGUUCCUACUCUCAAAAAAGCUUAGUCUAGUAGAGACGAUUUUUAAAAAAGAGGUAACUAUAAUUCAGAAUAGAACAAAACUAAAAUAUAGGAAAGGUACUAGGGCUAUGUGAGAUUUGAGGGUGGAUUACUCCCCACUUUUGGAAAGGAAUCAGGGAAAUAUGGAAAAGGUAGUACUUGAACUGGAGCACAGAGGAUGGGCAGAAAUUCAAUAGGUAGAGAUGGUAUUUCAGGACUAAAGUACAAACUAUAAAGGCUGUCUACAUAAAAGCCUGGGACCAUGGAUAGGAAAAAACAAGCAAUCCAGUUUAUCUAGAGUAUAUAUUGUGGUGAAUAGUAUAAAAGCAGGUUAAAAAGGUUGGGUGGCAUGAGACUAAGGAGUGCUUUGAAUGAUAAAGGAGUUGAGAUUAUCACACAGAUAGCAAAGGUUUUGAGCAAAGAUGUGGCAAGAUUCCUGGGGCAGCUAUGAAUGAAUGAAAGAAAAAAGCAUUUCCCAAGGCUUACUUCUUGCUAGGCACUGUGUCUUAGCUGGAGGAUACAGAACAAAGAGCAAGACAGUCUCUGUCCUCAAAAAGCUUACAUUCUAAAAGAGGGAGUGAUUUGGUUUGGGAAAGCACGAACAUGGUAAGGAUCGUUAUGGGCCCGUUUGGGGCAGCUCCUUUCGGGAAUGACUGUGGAUUGGAUUAUUGUUCUCAGAACUAUAGGUGGAAGAGGGGCAGGAAGAAUAUGGCAGGAUUGGAGCGAUGUGGUGGGCCUGGGGUAGGCUACAUAUGGCAAACUCUACCCAGUCAGAAGCCCAGGGCCCAGGGCCAGAGAUGGAAUCUUGGUCUGAGGCCGGAGGGGAUUAGGGGGUGGCAGAAAGAUGACAAGAGCUAUGUACAAAAUGGAUUGGAAGAGAGAAUGGAGACCACAGGGACCAGUUAGGAAGAUAUUGCCAUGAUCUAGGUAAGUGGUAAUGAGGGAUGGUACUAAGACAAAGGGAAGAGAAACUCAUGUUUGAUAUUUUGGAUGUGGAACUGACGGGAUCUGGUAACUAGUUCAUUAUGAGCUAAAAGAAAGCAAGAUUCAAAGAUGAGCCCCAGGCCAGUGGCAGUGUGUCAAAAACACGAGCCCCUGGCCAAGAAAAUCUGGAGGGGGGGGCGGGGACCCUUGUUCAGGGAGAGGUGUUUCUGUCCUGUCCUGAUGUGGAAGUGGAUUUCAAGGCGGGGUAGGAAAAAGAUAGCCUGUCACUGACCUCCCCUAGAAGAUUCUAGCCAGAAUAAAUUCUAGCCAGGAAUAAUCUCCUGGGUGAUGGGGUAUAUUGAUAAGGGAAGUCAGAAGUAGGUCUGGGUUGGGGCCAGGCAAGACUAUUUGUGGCAUCUUGUAAGUUGUAAAAUGGUACUCCCUCAAGCUUUCACUUGUAAAAUGGCUUUAUUUGCCACAAAUACUAUAUGCUAUAAAGUGAAAU